AGAAGAAGAAACUAGGAAGAGGCGAUGAGCAUUAAAUUAAAAACAGAAAUGGCGGUAUCCAAAUAAACUGCCGUUAGAAUCUGUGAACAUGCAACAGUUGAUUGUGAUGUCGAAGGAUAUCCACUGAAACUUAGCGACAAUGUCGGUCAACGGGAAAGUUAUCCCGAACACUCCGCUGGCUGUGGACUUCUGGUAUGUGCGGAAGUGUCCAGGCACACGGCUGUUUUUCCUGUCCCACAUGCACAGCGACCAUACUGCGGGUUUGACCUCCACCUGGAGCAACCGUCCCAUCUACUGCUCACCAACCACUGCAGCUCUGCUCACACUCAAACUGCAGGUGAAAGAACAGUGGAUCCAUCCAUUAGAGCUCGAUGAGCCCUACCUGUUGCCACUGGAUGACAUUGGCAAGGAGAGGCUGACAGUCACACUGAUAGAUGCCAACCACUGUCCAGGGGCUGUCAUGUUUCUCUUCGAAGGCUACUUUGGCUCUAUACUGUACACUGGUGACUUCCGAUAUACUCCCUCCAUGUUGCGUGAGCCGUGUUUGAGGAACAACACCAAUAUAGAUGUCCUGUACCUGGACAACACCAACUGUGACCCCAACCGCACCCUCCCCUCCAGACAGCGAGCCACUCAACAAAUCAAAGAGAUCAUCCGCAGCCACCCAAACCACAAUGUAGUCAUAGGCCUGUAUGCACUUGGUAAAGAGUCCUUGCUGUUGGAGCUGGCGAUGGAGUUUAAAACCUGGAUUGAGGUGAGCUUUGAGAGGAUGGAGACCCUCAAAGCCCUGGAUCUGCCUGACGUCUUCACCACUGACCCAGGAGCCGGUCGUAUCCGAGCAGUGGAGCAGUCGGAGGUCUGCUCUGCUACUUUACAGCAGUGGAACAAAGAACAACCCACUUUGGCCAUCUUGCCCACCAGCAGGCCCCUGGUCUCCUAUCACUCCAACAUCCACGUGGUACCCUACUCCGAUCACUCCUCUUACCAAGAGUUGGAGGAUUUUGUUUCUGCAAUUAAACCGACCUCCCUUGUACCCAUUGUAGGAAACCAUGUACCUGGAAGCUUCUCUGCUUUACUGCCCAGCAAAAAGCGACAUGAAAUCCUGGUGCCUGAGUCAGUCAGACAGUACAUGUUGAGACAGCCUGAGAGGCAACUCAGCUCGUCAUCGUACACCAGCCUUCACCGCAGACAUUUCCGACUUCUUGCUCCCAAAGGGGUGUUAUUUGAGUCUCCUGUACAUGGAUCCAGGAAGUCAUGUGAAGAAGCCUUGGAGGCGGAGUGCCUGCAGCAGGAUGCUUCGGAGGAAGAGAUGGACACAGAAAGUACUGAAAAUGAUUCUGACUGCGUCCUUGUUGACCUGAGCAAGGAACACACCCCUAACAAAAACAGAAGAGGGUCUGGAGACAUGUGGAGUCUCAACAUCGUCCAGGCAGGGUCUGAAGAUAUGGUGGUGGGAGAGUCUCUGCCUUUCAGUCAAUUCAGCCAAAGUAACGUUGCUCCAGUGGAGAUUCUGACAAACGCCAAGGCGUGCCUGAAGCCUGCAUGGAGCACAACAAGGCCUUUAGAAAGAAAAGCCAAAAUAAUCAACAAGUCGGCUUCAAAUGAAAAUGGCCGCAGCCAGCAUAACAAACAUGGAAAUGUUCAGAACAACCACACAUUGUCAGGCGGUGAUAGCAUGACUCAGCACAGAGGACAUGGAAUGGAUCAGGAUGGUGACGCAAUGUCCAACGACCAAAUGAACAAGAGCGUCGUGACAACCAUGCAGGGCCGCCUCGACAACAAUUUCUGCUCUUCAUCUAGCUUCCAGACUGAGCUGAAGCAGGAGUACAUAGAGGAGCUUGAAAACAGAAUUUUAAAGGUUCUCCCCUUCAUAAACGAGGACCUUAUGACAUGGGGCCUCCUGGAGAAGGACUUUGUGCAGCAGUUUUGCCUCUCUCCUUUAUGUGACGCAAGAGAGGAUGACCUCUCUGACAGAUAAUGUGACCUGGCAAGUUUUUGUCUUGCUAUUAAGAUCUUUUUAGUUUCGUGUAAAUAUGAGCACUUUAAAUCCAACGUACUGUUUUCUCAUUGGUAACUUCCUUAUUUAUAAAAUUUUCCCUUCUGUUGUCUCCACGUUGUGUGGGUGGCUUGGAGUUUAGGAAAGCAGGCCAACCAGUAGAUCAAAUUAUCAUAGACAAGGAAUAUUUGCCAGAACCAACCAUCUUGAAACACUGGUAUAUUUUUCAUUCUUCCUUCUUGAGCAGUUGAAAAUGUGCCAUACGUUAGAUCUGCCUUUUUCACUUUCAUUUGUAUACCUUUUUAAAAAUUCAUGGCUAAAUUUGAAAUUCUCAAGACUCCUGUCAGUUGUUUCUCUUCUGUAUAAUGAAUAAUGGUAAUAAAGAUUUUUGGUGAUUUUGGUAUAAUCUGUAUUUGGACUGAUGGACUUUACAAUGGAUUGUCUUUGUUUAUAACUGUAUGCCUAUCUGAGGGUUGAGAAGAUAUAGUACAAAAGGAAGUAUUUGAAUGAUAAUACACAUUUUUCUGUGUCCUUAAGCAGCUGCGCCAGUUUUUUUUUGUUACUCCACAAUUAAAGAUAAAUGAUUGUAAAAACAUCUUUAGUAAGUGGGCAUACCGAUUUACAAUAUGUGUAAUUGUUGGGGGGAAUGACUUCUCUUAAUUUACAUGCAUGUGUAUUGAAAAGCAUAAUAGCUUAAUGUGUGUUUCAGUUGUUUUUGCUUCCAUUACUAUGUUUCCAAUCCUAAACUUUGCCUGUUGGACUAUAGUGCUCUACUACUCUUAUCGACCUGUGAACAUUGUGAAGCAUCACUUUGCCUUUUUACUCUUGCUGUAUUUAAUUUAAAAUGUAAAAAUAUUGCCUUUUACUUACACUUGUUUGUGUAGUAAUAGGAAACCUAUGUUUAUUGUGAUGAUUUACUGUACACUGUAUUUACAUUUGUCUCGAAUUUUUGAGCAAAACAGCAGUGUUUGUUAGAAAAAGGAAAAUGUUCCUCUUCCAAAAUAAUAAUGUCUUGUAGAAAUAUAAGCUUCUGCUGGGCUUUAUGGUCAAAAUCCUUUAUUCUAAUAUAGGUAAUUAAUCUCUGAUAACAAUAUGUAACACGGUUUAGCAUGUUUUCUGGAUCAUUCAAUAAAUAGUCCAUAUAAAAUAA